GUUGCACAAUAUUGUACCGGCUCAGUGAGAGGCUUGCGAUGCUCGAACGUAAAAUUAAGUUUUAGUUCUAAUUUCAAGAUUUCGCGCACGCACAAGAGCAAUAUAUGUACCAGUAACGUUAAAUUAGUUUUAUUAGCUAAUCCUAGCCUUUCGGAAGUACCUGGGGCCAUUUCACCCAUAUAGGUUUACUUUCACGCAAGCCUACAUCUGAAAACAGACAUGAUGAGAGACAUUGCAUGAGAUUAAGAGGAUCUACUUCAAGGCUGCUGCUUGCUUUGUCGGCUCGGAGGAAGCUAGCCUUUUGCAGUGAGCUUUUCAAAUGAUCAGAAGGGAAGGGAAGAGACCGAAGAAAGGAGGAGAGGAGAAGGCUAGAGAGAGAGGGAGCUCUGAAAGGGAGAGGAGUGGAUUACAGAGUGGGCUGACAAUGCGUCCAGGGCCUGUAGGCAGAAACCCUCAUGAACUGUACUAUCUGAGAAUGCAGAGGACGAGAGAGAAGACUGACAAGAUGGAGGAGAACAAAGCCAAGAGGAAGCUGCGGGUGUGCGUGGCGACGUGUAACCGGGCGGACUACUCCAAGCUGGCGCCCAUCAUGUUUGGCAUCAAGGCCAACCCGGAUGAGUUUGAGCUGGAGGUGGUUGUGCUGGGAUCCCAUCUCAUUGAUGAUUAUGGCAACACGUUCCGGAUGAUCGAGCAGGAUGACUUUGACAUCGGCUCCAAGCUGCACACCAUCGUGCGUGGGGAGGACGAGGCAGCCAUGGUGGAGUCGGUGGGUCUGGCGCUGGUCAAGUUGCCAGAUGUCCUCCACCGUCUCCGCCCUGACGUUCUGGUUGUCCACGGCGACCGCUUCGACGCCCUUGCCCUGGCAACAGCCGCCGCCCUGAUGAACAUUCGCAUCCUGCACCUGGAGGGAGGAGAGGUAAGCGGCACCAUCGACGACUCGAUCCGUCACGCCAUCUCCAAGCUGGCCCACUACCACGCCUGCUGCACCCGCACCGCCGAACAGCACCUCAUCGCCAUGUGUGAGGACCACACUCGCAUCCUAUUGGCCGGCUGCCCCUCCUACGACAAGCUGCUGGCUGCCCAUCACCGUGACGACUACAUGGACAUCAUCAGGAACUGGCUUGGGGACAAUGUGAAGGAGCACGACUACAUCGUGGCCCUGCAGCACCCGGUCACCACUGACAUCAAGAACUCCAUCAAGAUCUACGAGCUGAUGUUGGACGCCCUGAUCUCCUUCAACAAGAGAACACUCGUCCUCUUCCCCAACAUAGAUGCAGGAAGUAAGGAGAUGGUGCGUGUGAUGAGGAAGAAAGGGGUGGAGCAGCACCCUAACUUCCGGGCGGUGAAGCACGUGCCCUUCGAGCAGUUCAUCCAGCUGGUGUGUCAUGCGGGGGCCAUGAUCGGCAACAGCAGCUGUGGCGUCAGAGAGGCCGGGGCCUUCGGGACCCCCGUCAUCAACCUGGGCUCCCGGCAGACUGGGAGAGAGACAGGUGAAAACGUCCUCCAUGUCCGAGACGCAGACACUCAGAAUAAGAUCUACCAUGGCUUGGAGCUGCAGUUUGGGAAGAGAUACCCCUGCUCCAAGAUCUACGGCGACGGGAACGCGGUGCCUCGCAUCCUGAAGUUCCUGCAGACCAUCAACCUUGAUGAGCCGCUGCAGAAGACCUUCUGCUUCCCCCCCGUCAAGGAGUGGGACAUCUCCCAGGACAUCGACCACAUCCUGGAGACCCAGAGCGCCCUAGCAGUCGACCUGGGGGGGACCAACCUCCGCGUGGCCAUCGUCAGCAUGAGGGGUAAGAUAGUGAAGAAGUACACCCAGGCAAACCCCAAAACCUACGAGGCGAGGAUUGAGCUGAUACUGACUAUGUGUAAAGUGGCAGUCGUUGAUGCUAUGCAUCUCAACUGCCGGAUUCUUGGAGUGGGUGUGUCGACAGGGGGCAGGGUGAACCCCCAGGAGGGUGUGAUCCUCCACUCCACCAAGCUGAUCCAGGAGUGGAGCUCCAUCGACAUCCGCACCCCCAUCUCUGACGCCAUCCACCUGCCCGUCUGGGUCGACAACGACGGCAACUGUGCCGCCCUGGCAGAGAAGAAGUUUGGCCACGGCAAAGGAGUGGAGAACUUUGUCACCAUCAUCACUGGAACAGGCAUCGGCGGGGGCAUCAUCCAGCACAACGAGCUGAUCCACGGCAGUACGUUCUGCGCGGCCGAGCUGGGCCACAUCAUGGUGUCUCUGGAUGGGCCGGAGUGUAUGUGUGGCAGCCGCGGCUGCAUCGAGGCCUACGCAUCAGGCAUUGCCCUGCAGAGAGAAGCCAAGAGGCUCCACGACGAGGAUCUGCUGAAGGUGGAGGGGAUGGUGGAUCUGAAGAAGGCUGAGUCCGUCAGCGCCAUCGACCUCAUCAACGCAGCCCGCCUGGGCAACAGCAAGGCUGAAGCCGUCCUCAGAACAGCCGGCAUGGCCCUCGGCGUGGGCAUCGUCAACAUCCUCCACAUGGUCAACCCCUCCCUGGUCAUCCUGUCGGGGGUGCUGGCCGCCCACUACCAGGCUCCUGUCCAGCAAGUCAUAGGUCAGAGAGCCCUCACCUCCGCGCAAAGCAUCCAGGUCCUGACAUCCGACCUCGACGAGCCCGCCCUGCUGGGGGCCGCUAGCAUGGUGCUGGACUACACAACCAGGCGCAUCUAUUAAGAACAUUAUGGUGCUAGACUACACAACCAGUUGCAUCUGUUAAGAACAUCGGUCAGUUGUGAAGUUCUAGUUUUCAUUUAAGUGGUCCUCCAAAGGAGGAGGGCCAUAUCUUGCAAUUCCCUUGUUUAUAAAGAUGAACUUGCUAUUAGCAAAUAUAAAUGCCUAAUACAGUACUGAAAUGGUAGUACUAUUAUCUACAGUACAGAAAUAAUAGUACUAUUAACUACAGUACAGAAAUAGUAGUGUGUGUGUCUGGAUACAUACAACAGCCUAUACAGUCAUAUGAGUACAGCCGCAGUAUGAGUGAAUAGAUGGGUGUGUCCAGACAAAAGAUUUGAAAAGAUGUGACCAAAUACGGAUAAGGAUCAUUCGCAUUCAUUCACACUUGUACUAUAUGGCCAUAUUUUGACCCUCAUGAUUCCAUGUUUUUGUUAGUUCUUAAGUCUAAACAUAGAAGGUGUUAUUUGUUAAGCCACGCAAUGAAAGCAACAUGUUACUGUGAUAUAUUAACAAUAUUUAUAUUUGUCUAACUGAAGCUGUUAGAGCUUUGCAACACUUUCUCUUGUUUUGUCUUCAUUUUGGAAUCAGCUGGUUUGAAAAAACAAAAUGCACCCAGAAGAUUUAUGUUUUGUGUUUCUUCAUGUUAAAUGUUUCAUUCCAAUCAAAUUAUUCAUAACCAUUAAAUCAUUUAAGUUGAGUAUAUGAAACUGGAACCAGUUCUGCAACAAUGUGACUUACCCAAGGACUACCCUCUCUCGGACAACAGUUACACCUUACCCUCAAAUGUAGUGCCUAUGAUAUGUAUACCAUAGUUGUCUUAACUGUGUGCUUCAAUGGAAGGUGUGCUGCCAAAUCACUUGUAUUCAUUAUCAUUCUUUUUUGUUUUAUGCACACCUUUUAUGCCUUGAUUGUCAUAUAUUAAGAGAUUACUAUACAAAUCAGUCAUGUGAUUGUCCAUUUCUGUUUUUGAUCAUGGAUACUAAAUCUUUUUUAUUGUAAUUUGUGACUUCUAUCAAUGCAAUGGGUAUUUUACACAUUACAAUAACAUAUUAGUCUACAUUAAAAACACUAGAAAAUGUCAGUUUGGGAUGGGUGGAUGGAUUAAUAUACGAUUCAGUAGACAAUAUUCAUCGUUUUAGGUGUGGCUGAACUAGGCUGCAUUGUAAACAUACCACAGGGCUGGGUGGAGUGCCAGUCUGUCUGUGCUAUCGUAGGAUUUAACUUUAAUGUCCCUGAGGGAAAAUUGUCUUAAACCCAGUACUGCUGUAUACAAAAUAAACACUGUACAUUAAACACUUAACAUAAUACAA